CUAUGCUUGUAUUAUUGAAUUUCAUUGAUAAUUUUUCAGACAGUUGUUAUUAUAAUUCAAAUGUAUUUCUUGAUGAAAUAAUAGGAUAAGGGUUGUACUUUUAACUAUUAAAGCUAUUUUAAUAACAAUUCAAAUAUGACUCAGCCUUACAUGUGCGAGCCGGAGCUGAUAGCUGCCACAGAAAAUAUACUCCCAGAUCUUAACAAUGACCUUAUUCUAGCUAAGAACUUCCUCAAACAACAGAGUGCAGCUACGGGAGACUCGUUAUAUGAUCACAUGGUGGAUCUUGUGCACAAGAUCCUGACCACAAAGCCUCCGGACGUCGUGGACAACUUUGAACAGUAUUCGUGGGGGGUAAAACUGGACAAGUUUCGGCCAAACUUCGAUCUGCUGAAUGACGUGUAUCUCGCACCGCCGCAACUUGCCACCGUGCGGUUGCAAGAGGAGAUGUACCGGCUGGUGGCUAGCAAGUGCGAAAAGAUGGAUGGGAUGGACGAGGAGGAACAGGAGUUGGAUUUGGAAGAGGAGGGCAAUAAAGCUCGUAUAGCAGAUCUCGUCGAGCACAAUUAUUAUUUCCGAGAGGGCGGGUACGGUCUGCCGGCCAGCGAGUGCUACGCUGUGUUCAUAGCGCUGAAGAUGCUGGGAAUCAAGGAGCCCGUGUCCAAUGUCAGGUUUUUCGGUAAAAUAUUUGGCACGAAACAGAACUACUACGUCGCUGAAACGGAUCUCACUGUAGAAGAGCUGGAUAGAAGGAUAAGGGAAUUCGAGAUGAAAGAUAUGCCAGGGGAAGGUGAGGACAUGGAAGACAGAGAGGAAGGCGCAGACGAACACAAGGAAUUGGAGGGAGAAGGCGAAGGUGUGGAAGACAAGAACAAGGAGCCGGUGCCUCCGAAACUGCCGCCCGUUCCCGAGCCCACGUGGCAACCCCCACCGCCCAUCCCGGUGGAAAGGCCUGGCCAAGGUGUAAACAAGAAGGUUUACUGGGUCUGCAACGUUCCCGGAGAGGCAUGGACGGGUCUUCCGGACGUGACACCGGAUCAGAUCCGGGUGGCGCGGCUGACUGUGCACUGCAUGACCGGGGACUUGGACACGGAGAUCCAAACGUUCCCGCCGUUCGACGGUACAGAGCGUAACUACCUGCGUGCCCAAAUUGCGCGUAUCCAGGCCUCCACCUCCAUCUCCCCGCAGGGUUUCUACACCUUCGGAUCUGGUGAAGAGGAGGAGGAUAUCGACAUGGAAGAGGGCAUGGGCGACAUGGCAUUCAAUCCGAACCCCUUCUACCGAGGCCAUACCAUUAAGGACCUCCUGGAUCCGGACAUGACGUACUGGGUGCACCACGGCCGGCACAUCUUACAGCAGGGCCGGACUAUUUGGUGGAACCCCAACGCGGGGAUGGACGAAGCUCUCGAAGAAGAAGAUGACGAAGGGCCGCCGCCCAUAGCGCCCGAGACCGGUCCCUCUCUCAUGUCUCCUCUGUCAGAAGACGGGCGUGUCGAAGGGCUGCGCGCGUGGACCGCACGGAAGAGUACCCUGUUAGCGCCCGAGCGGGCGGUGGUCACUAUGCGGAGCAAUGUGUGGCCCGGGGCUGUCGCUUAUGCCACUGACGGGAAGAACUCGGAGUGCAUGUACAUUGGCUGGGGGCUGAAGUACCAACCGCCGAACUUCUCGCCGCUGCAGCUGCCGCGGCCGCAGGACGAGUACCCCAUCGGGCCUGAGGUUAUGGAGAUGCAGGACCCUUCCUUUGCCGACGAGGAGGCGUACCGUAUCGCGCGGCUGCCGCCGCCCGUCCCCGAGCUGCCGGGCGAGGGCGCCGGCGAGGGCUACGGCGAGGAGGGCGACGAAGAGGAAGACUAACGAUGUGUCUACGUCUUUGUGUUCCUUUGUCUAUGCUGGGUGUCUUCAAACUUCGGUUUCCGCCAGGCCCAGGGCUCUAUCGCAUCCUAUUCUCUGCUAUGUUUGUAUGGCUUGUGACGCCUCUACUGGUUUCUCUCCCUGGACCAAACGGACUCGCGGAAAUCCGAGUCGUAGUUUAGAGAACCCUGGGACCCAUUUUAUAGUUACAAAUUUCCAUGUGUAAGCCGGCGUUUGACACUGGCUUCACCGAUGGCGAAUAUUUAACCUUUUGAACGCUUUAAGUCAUAUAUAAAACCGUCGCUGACACGCCAAGGUCCCGAGCGCAAGCGAGCUAAUGUAAAUCUUACUUGAAAGUGUGAAGGUUACUUUGACAGCGUCCGCCAUAACACCUAUAGUUGUCCUUGGCGCUGUGGGCACGACUAGUUACGACGCCUUUAGGUGUUCUUGGCGUUCAAAAGGUCCAAUGUUGCCGCCUUAGACUUGUAAAAUUGUAACUUGUAUUUAAUUUUAGAAGCGUGAUUAAUGAUUAUUCGUUGAAAUAUUAUGUAAUAUUUAAAUAAAACAUUUUUUUCUUGAAA